CCCUGACGUCACUUCCGGUCGGCUUCCAUAUGCCAUGACAGUGGUAAUGUGACGUCUCCUCGCUGUUGUUUCGCAGAUAAGUCACUAAUGUAUUUGAGAAAAUAUGUCGUCCAACUUGACAUUAGACCUCGAAGACCGUCGACGAUGUUUCACGAUGGCCAGCGAAGGAACUGGCUUUUCUAUGGACCUCGGAGGCGAGUGGGACCUCAGUCUUUUUGAUGAACUGGACUGCCUGGGAGAUGCAGACGAAUUGCUAAAGGCUCUCGACAACGUGGACUAUACCAACGGGGUUCCACAAUUUGACUUUGAUAUUGCCAUACCACCAUGGACUGAAGGGUACACAAGCAGCACAGAUGGUGAUGUGAGCGUGCACUCUCUGUCACCUGCUCACACUGUCAGCUCGCUCCCUUCCCCCUCAGCUGUGGAAGCACCAUCACCAUACGUCUUACACGAUGAGGCUCUGUCUCCACAAUCGCAGCUCUCGCCGGUGUCGGUGAGCUCCGAGUCCAGUGGCUUUUCUGAAAUCCCUCCCCAGGCCAAGAAAGCCCCAAAGAGAAACAGCCAAACCACAAGAGCCAAAGCAGCACAGCCAGUCAAGAGGCCCAUACAGAAUACCUCCAAAGUGUCCAUCCAGCCUAAACCGGUCAUUGCAGCUGUGUCAUUGGCUCAUGCAGCUGCUACCCUGCAGCCUAAGACCAUCAUCAUCCAGCCCCUCCAGACCACAGUACUGCCUGUGGUCAAGGCAGCUCCAAUCAGCAUCCAGCCAGCGCCCUCCCCAGGUCAGCCCAUCAUGCUGUCUCAACCGAGCCAGUUGCUACAGAUCAAAACCCCCCAGGCUAUCAAUGGCGGCGUGGUUGCCAUGCCGACCCUGGGCCAGGACAGUUCCGUCACUGCUCAACCCAUGGUCUCCGUCGCGCUUCAAAGCCCUUCUCCGGAUGACGACUCAAAGUUGUCCCAGCGGCAGCAGCGCAUGAUAAAGAACCGCGAGUCAGCGUCCUUAUCUCGGAAAAAGAAGAAAGAGUAUCUGCUCACGCUGGAGGCCCGCUUGCAACUGGCGCUGUCUGAGAACGCGGUGCUCAAGAGCGAGAACGGCAACCUCAAGAAGCAACUGGAAGGCCUGCUGAGUGAGAAUUCAGUGCUGAAGUCGACGGCUCCGAAGAGGCGAGCUGUGUGUCUCAUGGUGGUCUUGGUGUUCCUCGUGCUUAGCGUUGGACCAAUAAGUCAGCUUCAAAGCAACACAGACUCUGGGCUGGAGGUUGUGGCCGUGCAGCAUGGCCGACACUUGUUGGGUUUCUCCCCAGAAACGGACACUGAGGCCCCCGGGAAUGGCGCCGCCGCUGAGGUGGCCGACAGCUCUGAGGACAAGGCCCUGAUGGUGGUGAAGGAGCUGAACUUUCUCCGCACACAGGCGCCAUGCCAGCCUCCUGUUAAUCGGACCAAGUGUUUAGGGUUGGCCCAUGAUUUGAAGGGGUGGGUCCACCGUCAUGAGGUAGAGCUGACCAAAUCCAGGCGCAUGAGUAACAACCACCUCAAGCACUCCAGGGCCAUUCUGGAAACAGAAAAUAAGGAUGCAGAGACUUCCCAAAUUGUGACCGUUAGAUACACAAAAACCGACGAAGACAAGACCCCUGGCCGUGAGCUACAAGUGUACUACGCACCCCAUCACACGUACAACGAUUUCUUUGGCGAGAUCAACAGGCGUGGUGACACUUUUUACGUAGUGUCUUUCCGCAGGGAUCAUCUGCUGCUUCCUGCCACCAACCACAAUAAAGGAAGUCGCCCCAAGAUGUCUGUGGUCUUGCCAGCCAUGAACAUAAACGACAGCAUCAUUGGAGACAAGGAGUUCGAGGUGAUGAUGCAGAUCGAUUGCGAAGUGACGGACACCCGGAUCCUCCACAUCCGCUCGGACAGCAUCCCGCCGAUGCUGCGCGUCAACCGCACGCAGACGUUUUACCAGCGCUCGCCGGCCGACGCCCAGACCGCCCCUCCCGUCGGCGUGCUCAUGGGCUCCGCUUAGGAUUCUCCCUGGAACAAAGAAGAUGUUUCCCUUUUCUUUCUGGGGGGAAAUCAAGCGGACACCUCCUAUUUUUAUUUUUUUUAUCGGGCCUGAAUUCCGGAGGUGGUGCGAGCCGGCUCGUUGUGUGGCUGCACAUAAGCCCAGACGACCCACGUAGGAUAAUUGCUCAACAGCAGGGGGCUGAGCACUGAACCCUGAGUCACCCCGUCUCACACACACACACACACACACACACACACACACACACACACACACACACACACACAUGCCUUUUCACCAUCGCAGCCCUCAAAGUCUUUUUGUUCCUCGUUUCUGGAUCAACUAGACUUAAAAAAAAAAAAAAUUCAAACAAAACAGAAACUGUUCCUAUCUUAUUGUUGCAUUAUUUAGAAGGCAUAUGUGUUUAUUUAUAAAGUAAUGCUAAAUAGAAAAGCUGAGCGCGCAUGACCACUCUGUUGAUCAAUGUUGUUUUGUUUUUGUUUUUAUACAUUUGGAAUAGGCUCCAGCGAGACCCCCGCCCGGCCCCCCCGAAAGGGACAAGUGGUAGAAAAUGGAAGAAUGGACAUUUAGGAGUGUUCUCAUACAGAUUCAGGUUCUGUACAUAUUUGUUUCUAUUCAUAAACAUUAAUAUAGAUGUUUUAUUUAGGGGGAUUUUAUUCAAGUUUGUGUGGAUUACCAAAAGAAACUGGUAAAGGAAAAAAAAGGGUUAAUUGCACUAUUUGUAUUUGUUAAAAACAUAUAUAAGGGGGUUUAGAAAAAUGUUAUAGUAGUCUGCACUGCAGCACAAAUCUCCCUUCUUGAAUCUUUUUUAUUUAAUAUAAAAAAAUAUAUGGUUUAUAUUCAUGCAGUCACUUACGCUCAAAGUCAGCGUUAGGCCACCUUUUUCAGUUUUAUAAAUGUAUGAUUAUUUUUUUAAUAUUAUUAACCGUUCCCCUGAGGUUUUGUUUAUACAAAUGGCACAGCAGGCCAGAUAAAAUGCUGUCGUGUACCAUUUUGUGAUUGUACACAUCUACUCUCCGCAAGCUAGAUGUUUCCACUGCAAGUCAAUUGUGCUUUUCGUUUAAAAUAAACACUGGAUUUUA